CACUAUUGAACCACCGACGAGUGCACUUGUAACGCGACGUUUGCAAGUCACUUCGUGACCGAAUCGUGAGAAAUACAAACAUGGCGUCGACCGGUACGCGCAGUUAGAAAAUCCGACUCGUUCGUAUCUGUACACACGCGACCCGCUUUGUGUUCCCUCGAUAACACCAAUCAUUGCGAAUACUACGUACCAAGCCUAUUUCUAACACUGUCACGGAUAAUUUGUGCAUUAAAACUCGACGGGAAAAUGCACGAUCAUCGCAAACGUCUUCCUUUGCCGCCAAAAAAAAUCGGAGUGAAGACAUGGCGACCAUGUACUGCGCACUAAUUGUGCGCAGUAGACAUUAGGGUGAGUGCGCACGCUGCUCUAAUAUCGCGCAUCAGUGAACCUAGGUUACGUCAAACGUCAACAGAAUCGGAGCACGUGUCCGUCGAUUUUUCGCUUAUUUAUGAAAUACACACGCGUUUUUAGUUAGAACGGAAUGUGUAUGCGACGUGGAUACUAGUGUUUGACUCAAAAAUCCGUAAACGUGGCCGAGUUUUCUACUUUGUCGAGAAAAAAGUGUAAUUGUAUCGUAAUUGCGUAAUUGUGUGUUGUACCGUAUGCAGAGGGGAAUGCGUGACGAGUUGGAUAUCUCCAUGAAUUUCCACGCACACGUCGUACCGGUGCUCGAGCAAAAUGUAAACUGAAUUGGAGCAACGUAAUUGAGGCGUGAAGGAACGACCACUCACCUUGGAGCGUUGAUCCGUAACAUAUUCUAUGUAUUCCAGUCUGGAGCACCCUUAGGAUUCUUGAAUUCUCCUUGCCGAUAUUUUCCCGAUCUUCAAUGAUGAACCAACAGUGCAAGGUCUGCGGCGAACCGGCGGCUGGUUUUCAUUUCGGAGCAUUCACGUGCGAGGGUUGCAAGUCAUUCUUCGGGCGGACGUACAACAACCUGGGCAGCAUAUCGGAAUGCAAGAACGGAGGGGUGUGCGUGAUCAACAAGAAGAACCGCACCGCCUGCAAGGCGUGUCGACUGCGAAAGUGUCUGAUGGUCGGGAUGUCGAAGUCAGGAUCUCGUUACGGGCGUCGUUCGAACUGGUUCAAGAUCCACUGCCUCCUUCAAGAACAGACCAAUGGAAAUCAGAACGUAGCUCCAGGUGCAGGCUCGCCAUUCGGGCCGGGCUUCCUCCCGGGUUUCCUGCCGCAGCCUCAAGGCCAACAAGGUAGCGGAGUGUACAAAGAUGGAAAGGACCGUGCUUCACCUAGUCAGGAGGACCUAGCCCUUCAGUCGCAUUUGUUACACGUAGCGAUGCUGAAGCAAGAACGCGAGAGAGGGAACAAAUCACCCCAUCCGGACGACGUGGCUCUUCAAAAUCAAUUACGCCUGUUGGCCUGGCAGAAAGAGCGCGAGAGGGUCGCCGGUAACCCUCAGCAACCACCUGGAACACCUCCCAGAGACAGUACACCUCCGCCUUUCUACAAGCAGCAACCGCAGCACCCCGGUUCGCCGAUGUUCGCCAUGAACUUCGCCCAGAAGGAAGGCGUCUGUGUGCCGUCCAGUCCGUCGGAUGUCUUCAGACCGUUCCUGCCGACUUAUAAGAGGACGGCGGACACGCCGAGCGACAGCGGCGCGUCCUCGGUGGACGGUGGCGACGGCCAGGACACGGAGUCCAGGAGCAAUUCGGCGUUGAGCUAUUUCAAGACCAGCGCCGCGUCACCGACCUUGUCGGAACGCGAAUUCCCACCCAGGAAGAUCAACGCUACGGUCACGUUGACGACAGGCUAUCAUCCUCAUCAGAGUCUAGGUCUAGUGUAUCCACCGCCUGGUCUGGUGACACCAGCAGCGUCCCAGCAUUCGCCCAGAGGUGGCGAUCUUCUCCUGGUCAGUCCCAGUCCAGGCGGUCUGGCUGUGGAACAGGACGAACCCAUCGACCUUAGCGUGAGGUCGAGCAGAAGCUCCCCACGACCUAGCCAAUCGUCGGAAGAGGAUAACCGAUCGAACGAUAACGUAUGCGACCGCGAGAGCCCGGCGAAAGAGGAGGCCACGACGAAGAGCAAACCCCUGGACCUGACGUUGGGAGUGAAGAGGCCUGCAGAGUUGCCCAUGUCGCUGUGAAGCUUCUGACCAACUGGCAGGCCCACGACGGGCUGGUCCCGAAUUUCUUUCAUGCCGCGCACCCAUGGGUGCGAGUUGAAUCCUCGUUGGAGGAGAGGUUGGACCAAGGGAGAAUCGAGACGAGAUGGAAACAUGGUAGGAUGCGUAUCGGUUCUCUGAUUGCGAGGUGGAAGUAUGGAAUGGAAAGAGAAGGUUUGAGGAUACCGGAGGAUCGAGGAGAUCGUUGUGGUGCGAGGGGAAGAGGAAUCGUUGCGGAACGACGAUCGAGCCCGCCACAAAAAUGUGUUCAAAUCUGUACAUAGGUGUCACCGAGCCGAUCCGGGAGGCGAGAGAUUAAUUUAUUGAGGCCUGAUGGGCCGUUCGAAUGCUUAGUUCCCUGUGCAGACACGUGAAGUUUCUCGUACGCGUAUUAUGCAUAGAAAUUAUUGUGCCCCUGUAUAAAGAAACCGGAGAAUCGCGGAUAUACCGGCCAGUAGUGGAGUGCCUUAAUAUAAUAUAUUUAUAUGAAAUAUUCUAUAUGUAUAUGUAUGUAUACCAGCAACGGACCGCUUAGGAUCCUUAUUAUCAUCUUUCUCGUGCGUACGAUCUGUCGAGCGUCGCGUAUUCUUUGCUUUUAUUACAGGAUCGAGCGCGUAGAAGCGCGAACUGGACGAUUGUAAACGCGCCUUAAGCAUCCGUGAACCCGUCGCAUCGAGAGAGGCCAGUUAAGUAGACAAAUGACGUCGCGUCGAUGUUAUAAAAUCAUGGUGCAUCUUGUAAAUAAGCAGAGGUAGAGGGAGAAACUCGUCUGCGAAUCAGAGUAACGCUUCUGUACAACCGCCUGAUGUACGCGCCUCUCGGCCAGCGUAACGGACGAACGUUUUAUUCAUGUUUUUCUUCUUCCGACUUUUUUUCAUUUUGUACAUAAUAGCAUAUAAACGGUGAACACGAGCGGCCAGUACCUAAACGUAACGCGAAAUUAAAUAUUUUUGUUUAAUCUA